AUGUUUAAAAGAAUUUUAGGAGCAGGGUUAGGGUGGUCAUUAGGAGGGCCGAUCGGUGGUUUAAUUGGUUGGUGGUUAGCUGGGAAAUUAGAUCAAUCUUCUCAACCAAGGGUCGGUCGACAACAAACUACCCAUUCUGAUUUUAUCUUUUCCAUGUUAAUACUCGCUUCCAAAGUGAUGAAAGCAGACAAUCGGAUAACCGUUAAAGAGAUUGAGUAUGUUAAAGAAUUCCUUCUUCAACAUUUCCAGAUAGAGGAAGUUCAAGAAAUGAUGAUGUUUCUUAGAGAUAUUGAAAAGAAAGAAUACUCAUUAGAAGAAGUCUGCGAUCAAAUCAACCAGUGCAUGUUAACUGAAGAGAAAAACCAACUCCUCCACUUUUUGUUUGGUUUAAGCAAUUCAGAUGGACAAUCGCACAGUUUAGAGAUAGACAUCUUGUCAAGGAUUGCUGUUUUACUAAAAAUACCAAGUCAUGUUUUUCAUUCAAUGAGAAAUUUGUAUGGUAAUCAAGAACAUGAUAUAGUCCAUUACUAUCGUGUACUUGAUAUUCCUCAAUCUGCAAGCAAUGAAGAAAUAAAAAAAGCUUUUAGAGAAAUUUCCCUUCAAAACCACCCUGAUAAGGUUGCUCACUUAGGGGAGAAUAUUCGUAAAUCAGCAGAGGAAAAAUUUAAAAUUAUCAACGAAGCUUACCAAAAAAUUAAAAAGUCUCGUGGUUUCUAA